AUGUUCAAAAAGAUCCAUUCUAUAUUCCACCCCAAUUCCCACCGAAGAAAUGUGACAGAUGACAUCCCUUACUGUGACGGCACAGGUUCCGCGGUGAGAUUGAUCCGCAGUACUUCUAUGUACAUCCUUGGAGGUGAGCAGGAAAAAGUUAGUGAACCAUUAAAAAAAUGCAAAAGUACAAGCAGCAUCGAGUCUUGCUCGCAGCCAAAAGAGGAAGAGAGAGACUGGGUGUACUCUAAGACUCAGGACUGCCUGAAGUACUUACAGGAUCUGUUAGCCUUGAGGAAAAAAUAUCUUGAAAACAUCAACAACUUGAAAUACAUGCAUACGGCUGCAGAUUCCCCAACGUCCACAAAAUCAUCCAGCACUGGAAAGAAGGCAUUCCUUCCACUUCCUUCCAAAGAGUCUUUUAAGGUAUCCAUGGAGAGAAAAGGCCUGCAGUCCAGUUCAGAUAUAAAAGAAGCUAUAGCUUUCUUCGACUCAGUUAUAGCAGACCUGGAUUCAGAGAGAUGGCGGAGAGUUCCUGAUGUGGGUCUGCCAAAUGUGGAUGUUGAUUUUGAUGUUGCUACCAGCACAAGUGAACACAGUUUACAUUCAAACUGGAUCCUUCGUGCUCCCCGAAGAUAUUCACAAGAUACUGCCCAAACAGCAAAGGCUGCAAAUCAGUCUCAAAGAAACAGCCAGCGGAGAACCACCGGCUCUAGGAAGAGGUUGGAAAGACAUCCCAUGUACUUGCCCAAAGCUGUUGAAGGAGCAUACAGCACUUUAAAAUUUAAGCCCAAAACACAUAAGAAAGAGUAUUGAAAGAAUAUUCUUUUUAUCUGAA